AUGUCCCAGAAGAAGAAAACGAGGACGGAACAAUUGUCGAAACCUCCUCCGCCACCUCCGACGACGUUCUCUUCGUUACCAAACGACAUCCUUCUCAAUUGUUUGGCUCGUGUCUCGAAACUCUAUCGUCCAACUGUAUCUGUGGUCUCCAAGGAUCUCCGAUCUCUCAUGGUUUCCCCUGAGCUCAAGGCCACGCGAACCUGCAUGGGAACAACAGAGAACAACCUCUGUGUCUGCUUAGACCUGGGCUAUAACAAAGGCACUUGUAGCUGGUUCAAACUUGCACCAAGUCCCAAACAAGAGGUAUUGAAACCCAUCACUUGGUGUCAUUUUCUGUAUCCCAUAUCAUGUUCUGUUCUCUCAGUUGGUUCAGAGCUUUACUUAAUCGGAGGCUACGUUGUUGAUGGGAAGACACGAAAGUAUCAAAAAGCCCCGUUGGUUUUGGAUUGUCGAUAUCCUAAUCAACUUCGUAGACUCCCAACUAUGCGUGUUCGUCGGGUAACUCCAGCCGUUGAUGUAAUUAACGGUAAGAUCUAUGUGGUUGGAGGCUCUGUGUCCAAGAGAACCGCGGAUUGGGGAGAGGUUUAUGACCCAAUGACACAAACUUGGGAGGCAGUAUCCCCUUUCGCUCAAGAACUCUCUAUUCCAAUGCGCAUGGUUCAUGGUAGAAUGGUAAUGGGUGGUAAAGUUUAUUGUAUGGAAGAUGUCUACAAGCUUAGCUUGGUUACGGAUGUGUGCUUGGUAGAGAUAGACAACAUGUUGUACCAAGCACAGAUUUGCAAAGGGAAGUUAGUUUUGCGGUGGAGUAGGGUUAAGGGACUUGAAGCACUGCCGGAACUUACUCACCUUACUUCGCUGGCGAAUUCCGAAGGAGAAAGAAGAAGAACAAGAGUGGCAGUUUGGUGGAAGAAGGAGGUGGUGGCUUGUGUUCGAAGUCGUUCUUGUAGUAAGGAAUGUAAUACGGAGAUUUGGUGUGCAGAGAUUUCGUUUGAGAGACGAGGAGCUGAUCCAGGAGAGCUUUGGGGGUUUGUUGGAUGGUCUAAGAUUGUGUUAACCUUGGACAGAUGUGGCACUCCUUCAAGUUUCCUUUUGGAUUCUGCUAUUGUGACCUAUUGA